AGUUGAGCCCAGGGAUGCAGCUGAAGCAAGCUUUACCCAAUCACCUGUCAAUGGCACAGCUUCCAGUGUGCAGAGAAAACAGCCUGGUAAUGCCUUGAAGAAGAAGGUCUUGAGGAAGCAGGACAAGGUGCCCAGUAUGCCCAUGGUCCAUGAGGAAGACAGAGUCCCAUGCAACUCCUCAGGGAGAAGAAGGAGAAGGGACUCUUCAGCAUCAAACACCUGGCUGAGUCCCAUUCAGAAGUCCUGCUCUCUAGACUUCGUGACAUUUGCUUGGCAGUUACCAGUGAGGUGACCAACCUGCGCACAAAGGUGUCCUACUCGGCCAUUGUCACUCUGGGAGAGUUUUUUGUGACCUUGAAGAAGGACAUGGACUCUGAGGUGGAUGAGGUGGCUCGGGUCCUUCUCCAGGUGCUGUGUAACUGCCCAGAAUUUGUUGAGAAAGCAGCCAGUCAAACCCUGGGGAUGAUGGUGGAGAAUGUGACUCCUGCACGAGCAAUGACUGCUCUCCUGGACAGUGGAGUCGGGUAG